AUGAGCUCGCAGUGCGGUGUUGCACCCCGGACUGUAGGAUCGCAAAAGAUCAAUAUUUGCCAGAAAAGCUGGUUUGCCGGGGCGCCUGCGAUGCAAAGGUGGAUCAGUCAUAUCAUCGUACGGCGACAUCGCGUCCGGACGAGCCGCCUUGCCUUUGUAGAGUACCGUUUCGAAGGUACGGCGCAUGAUGACAUUGCAGCACUGCUCCACCGCUUUGGCCGCCAACAAGUCGCCGGAGAGGAAGCGUCCGACCUAGACAGGCUGGAUGAGCUUAGCAGCUUUCUGGUGGCAAGGGGCACAGCAUGCGUGCCUCAAGCUUCAUAUCCGCUUCCAUUAGCCAAGCAUCGUGUCCUGCUUAUCCGAGUAGAGCUGCAUGUGUCCCCGAAACUUCGGCCCGGACAAUUCAACCUCGAGAUUGAAGGGAUGACCAAGCUCCCUGACGCUUGA